AUGCAAGAACGACAUCAGCCGCGGAGGCGCGAUGCACCCUCCACAAUGUUCUCACGCCGCGACAGAUCUCGCAGCCCGAGAAAUGGCACACCGCGCGAAGACUCGCGACGAUCCCGCUCCCCGAUCCGGCACCGCUCGCCGACCCCGGAAGAACGGCAACGCAAACGACCCGGCGGUGGAUCUCGCAUGGGCCAGAGCAGGGGCGCAGAUGUUUUGCGCAGGCAGGAAGAGCGUGAGCGCGAGCAAGAGAUGGAUGCUUUGCGGCAAUCUACCCAGCGCGGUGGACUGGACUACGUUCGGAGUCACUACAAUGCCGUUCCGCAGCGUGGUCGUGAAUGGCGGAAAACAGACAGCAAGAUCAAGGGACUGCGCAGCUUCAACAAUUGGGUGAAAAGUACUCUGAUUCAGAAAUUCUCUCCCUCAGAGGAAUUCGUCGCGCAGCAUAACGAUAGUAAAGACUGGGCUGAAGACAGCGUGGGCCCGUCUAUAUCGGAAGUGCGGCCAUUGCUUGUCUUGGAUCUGGGAUGCGGCAAGGGCGGUGAUCUAGGCAAGUGGGCGCAGACUCCCCAGGCGGUGGAACUCUAUGUCGGACUUGACCCGGCCAAUGUCUCUAUUGAACAGGCGCGGGAUCGGUACAGUCAGAUGCUACGCCAACGUGGUCGUCGGCCUCAAUUCCAUGGUGAGUUCUUUACAAAGGACUGCUUUGGAGAGUUCCUUGGAGAUGUCCCGAUCAUCCAGCAAGUCGGCAUUGACCCCAAUGCUGGACCUGGUGGCUCCAUGAUGGCCUCGAGAUGGGGCGGUGGUGGCUUCGACGUUGUCACAUCCAUGUUCGCCAUUCACUACGCGUUUGAGACGGAAGAGAAAGCGCGCCAGAUGCUUAGCAAUGUUGCCGGCUGUCUCAAGAAGGGCGGCCGGUUCAUUGCUGUGUGCCCGAACUCCGACGUGAUCGCCAGCAAGGUCAGCGCAUGGCACAAGCAGCGCAAAGAGCGCGAGGCUGGCAAGCCUGCCGAGACUGAAGCGCCCGAGGAUGGUGAGGUCGAGGAAGAUGACCGUACUGAAUGGGGUAACGAUAUCUACCGAGUUCGGUUCCCUGGCAAGACCCCCGAGGACGGUAUCUUCCGUCCGCCGUUUGGAUGGAAAUACACAUACUUCAUGCAGGAGGCGGUCGAGGAGGUUCCUGAAUUUGUCGUGCCUUGGGAGGCUUUCCGAGCCCUGACCGAAGACUACAACCUGGAACUCCAGUACCGCAAGCCGUUCCUGGAUAUCUGGGAGGAAGAGAAGGACGACCGCGAACUAGGACCUCUCAGUGAGCGUAUGGGUGUUCGCAACCGUACGACCGGAGAGUUAAAUAUGACCGAAGAGGAGAAGGAUGCCGUUACGCGGUCGCGACGCGUUAUGGAUUUCGAGUGCGGCUUUGUCGAGCAUACCACUUCAGCUCCCAACAUGCCCUCCACGAUCCCGCCACGCAAUCGAACAUUUACACGACCCACCCCGCAAGCAACCGAAAUCCCCGAUCUACCAGAAUAUGAGCCUCCGGAGGCCCCUCUUACGGCGGAAAGUCAUCGAAAUUUGGCAAUGCUUAUGGACUCACAACUUUCCCGACAACUCAAGACCCACCUGCAACACGCGGCCGAGAAACUUACCGACUCUGCGGGUGACGUGAAUGAGAAGUUGAGUGAUGCGCGGGUACGAUACGAGCGCACGAAAGAGAAGCGACGUGGUGCCGCGGCCAGCGAGGAUUUGGAUGUUGAACAGGAUGACGAAAACGAGGAGUAUCAGCGGCUAGCGGAGAUGGAAAGAAAGGUCGAUGAUGUGACGGGGCGGAUGGAAGAGAAGAUGCGCUUGAUCAUUGAUUCAGAAGCCCGGCUUCAGGGAUUGAAGGAUGCGAUGGAGACUCUGGAUCGGGAAGCGGCUGAGGCCCAGCGUGCUACACUCGGGGUUCGACAGACGCGUGGUCAGCGGCGGCGCCAAAGGGAAGCUGCAAGCGAUGAGGAGGAUGGUGAGGGCGAGGAAGAUGGAGAUUAUGAGGGCACACCAGAGCGAGAAACGAGGGAAGCGAAUGCGCAGAACCCGCCCAGUCAUAGAUUAGGCAAUGCGCUGGACGAGGGAACCGAAAAGUGGAAUAACCAAUCUUUAACGGCACGGUACGCGGGUAAUAACAACUACAUUGGUUUCUACCGCAUUGUACACGACGCGAAGUUCCCUGGGGACGAAGUACCACCCCUACCGAACGCAUCUACAUGGUUCUCACAUCUGGAAGACCCCAACGCGACCGCAGACCCAGCGGGCAGUCCUUCAAGUCGCCGCACGCGCAAACGGCGCGAGCCCUCACCUGCAGGCUCAGAUGAUAUCGCUAUCGAGAGGGAACGCAUUUCACUGAAGUGUCCCCUCACACUUCAGCCAUUCCGAGACCCCGUUACGAGCACAAAAUGUCCCCAUAGCUUCGAGCGCGAAGCCAUUCAGGAUAUGAUCUCCCGCAGCAGCUUCCACAUUCCACCUCCGUCCGGGCGAGGCGGACGCCGAAUCCGGGCAGUUAAAUGCCCCGUAUGUUCCAUUCCCCUUACCAAUGAUGAUCUCAGGCCAGACCCUGUUCUGCUUCGCAAGGUGCGCCGCGCGGAGGAGUUGUUGGCGCGCCAGGCGGAUGACGAGUUAGAGGGAUCGCAGUCUCAGCGGAACCGCCUCGGCCCAGUGACGCUGGCUAGCGAUGCAGUUGAUGAGGACGAUAUGGACGUGGACGUCGAUAUGGAUGAGGAUGAGGAUGAGGAUGAGGAUAUGGGCGUGCGGGUAAAGUCGGAGCCCGUUCCCACGCAAAAUAAUGGUGAUACGGACGAGUCAUCGGAAGAGUCCGAGUCGGAGUAA